GCUAUUUUCUUUCCGGUGGCUGGCCGCCGGCUCCUCCCCACCCGGGCCCUGCGCCCCACGCCCCGCGGCCCCCGCCGCUGGGCCGCCGUCGCCAUGAAGAAGUUCUUCCAGGAGAUCAAGGCCGACAUCAAGUUCAAGAGCGCGGGGCCCGGCCAGAAGCUCACGGAUUCCGCAGGGGAGAAGACUCCCAAAGAAAAGUCUUCCCAGCCAGCUGUCCGUCCACCCCGCCAGGGCCCCACAGAUGAGGCACAGAUGGCAGCUGCUGCUGCUCUGGCCAGGCUGGAACAGAAACAGCCCCGGACCCGGGGCCCGAUGUCCCAGGACUCCAUCCGGAACCAGGGGUCCUCAUGCUGUCUGCCUCACAUCCUGCUCCCAGUGAGAAAGGAACUUCAGGCUGAAGCCACCGCCAGCGGCAGCCCAGACAGCCCAGGGACCAACAACACAGUACCUGAGUCCAAAGAGGAAGUGUCACCACACCUGGCAGUGCCUGAUGUCUAUUUCAAAUGCCCGAUCACUGGUGCCACCCUGAGGAGGGACCAGCGGGAUGCCCGUAUCAAAGAAGCCAUCCUGUCGCACUUUUCCACGGAUCCCGUGGCUGCAUCCAUCAUGAAGGUCCACACGUUCAACAGAGACCGGGACCGGGUGAAGCUAGGUGUGGACACCAUCGCCAAGUACCUGGACAACAUCAUCCUGCACCCUAAGGAGGAGAAGUACCAGAGAAUCAAGCUGCAGAACAAGGUGUUCCAGGAGCGCAUCAACUGUCUGGAGGGGACCCACGACUUCUUCAAGGCCAUCGGCUUCCAGAAGAUGCUGCUGCCGGGCCCAGAUCAGGAGGGCCAGGAGGAGUUCUAUGUGCUGGGAGAGGCGGUGAAGCCGCAGAGCCUGGAGCGGCACAAAGAGCAGCUCCUGCGCACCCAGCCGGUGCGGGCCACCUUGGACCGCCAGCGCCGCGUCUUCCGGCCCUCUGUCCUGGCCUCGCACUUCGACCUGCCCCCGGACUUCUUCAGCCUUACGGCAGAGGAGGCGAAGCGAGAACAGCGGUUCAGGGCGGAGGCCGUGGAGAGGCUGAGCGUGCUGCGGACCAAAGCCAUGCGGGAGCGUGAGGAGCAGCGGGAGCAGCGCAAGUACACCUAUGCGCUCCUGCGCGUGCGCCUGCCUGACGGCUGCCUGCUGCAGGGGACGUUCUACGCCCGGGAGCGGCUGCCGGCGCUCUUCGAGUUCGUUCGGGAGGCCCUGCAGGAGCACUGGCUGCCCUUUGAGCUGCUGGCCUUGGGCGGCCAGAAGCUGGCAGAGGACGAGAACGUGGCCUUGAACGAGUGUGGGCUGGUACCCUCUGCCCUGCUGACCUUCUCCUGGGACCUGGCGGUGCUGGAGGACAUGAGGGCUGCAGGGGCCGAGCCCAACAAGUCUGUCCUGAAGCCUGAGCUGCUGGCAGCCAUCGAGCAGCUGUGCUGAAUGAAGCAGGCCUGACCCAGCAGCGCUCGGUCCUCUGCUGUCCCCCACUGUCCCUGCCCCUCCUGUAUGCUGGGAGCAUGUACAGAACCAGUCUCUAGAGCGUGGGUCUCCAGGAACGUGGCACCUCAGCGUUAAGCUUGGGGCAGAUGCAGCCUGUCUAGGGCCCAGGCUGGGGACAGCACAGGGUACAGCUCGUAAGUUAUGAACCCAAAUAAACUAUUGGAACCCAG